UCAUAUUAAAUAAUUGAAACAACAUAUAUCAUAGAUCAUAUAUUAACUAAACAUAAAAAUAUCAUAAUACAUGUUUUAACAAUGACAUAGGUAGAAUACAUAUACAAUAGAAUGAUUAUUAAUAACGUUAAUAAAAAAUAUAUACAAAUUUGAACUAUAUACUAAAUGAGGUUAAAUACUUAUGAAUUAAUUAUCAAUAGAUUAUUUAAAGCAAUUAUUUAUUAUAAACUUAUAUGUCGCAUAGUUGAUUAAUGGGUAUAUUUCUAAAAAAAUUUUAUAUUCGAAUGGAUAUCGUGGGUGGGUGAAUGAGCAUUUAUAACAUAUAUAACCCCACCGCUUAUUUGAAUAUACAAGUCCAUCGGUUAAGCUAGCCAUACACGUUCCGGUUUGCCGGAGAGGUCGGACUGCACAGUUUAACCUGCACAGUUUUUACCGAUUUCCGAUGACGACAUACACGCCACGAUUUGCCGGAUACGCAGGACUGCGCAGUCACACGCUUUCCGGCCAAAAUAGUCCUCAGCUGCGGGUCGUCGAAUGUUCAAAAUAUUUUUCACAUUAUUUUUUUUAAUUCACGUACAAUAUGUCAGUCCUAGACGACGACGCCAUAGCUUUGGUAGGCUUAGCUCUAAUUCUUAAAAACAAAAAACAAAAAAAACGCGAAAAAUGGGCCAAAGAUUGGCUCUUAAAACGAAAAAUCUACAGCCAUGUCAAUUUAUUAAAUGAAUUGAGAUUCGAACCACUGGAUUUCAAAAAUUAUUUACGAAUGGACGAGGAUACUUACCGUAAUCUACUGUCAAUGGUUGCGCCUUUAAUACAAAAACAAGACACUGUAAUGCGUAAAAGUAUUUCACCGCACGAGAGGUUAGCAGUUACCCUAAGGUUCCUCGCAACUGGAAGGACUUACGAAGACUUAAAAUACACUUCAAUCAUUUCAUCUCAAGCACUUGGAAAAAUUGUUCCAGAGACCUGUGAUGCUUUGUACCGAGUAUUACGUAGGGAAUAUUUAACGUUUCCUACAACUGAAGAAGAAUGGAAAGACAUUGCACAAUUAUUCGAGGAACGUUGGAACUUUCCACACUGUAUUGGUGCGCUCGACGGAAAGCACAUAAAUAUUGUUCCACCAGCUGGAAGUGGAUCCGAAUUUUUCAAUUAUAAAGGCCACCAUAGCAUGGUUCUCUUAGGUUUAGUAAAUGCAAAUUAUCAAUUUCUAUUGGUAGAUUUUGGAACAAAUGGCAGAAUUUCUGAUGGGGGUGUUCUUCAGAAUACAACGUUUUUCGAAAAACUACUAAAUGAAGAAUUAAACAUUCCUUGCGCAGACAACAUUGAGGGAAGUUCCAAGCAACUACCAUAUGUUUUUGUUUGCGAUGAUGCCUUUCCGUUACGAACUGAUAUGCUUAAACCGUUUCGACAAUCACAUUUGGAUUGUUAUGAAAAAAAAAAUAUUCAAUUACAGGUUAAGUCGUGCACGACGAAUCGUGGAAAAUGCAAAUAGUGCAAAACAAGUACGAGAAAAUUUUAUGAAUUAUUUCUGUAAUGAAGGCACCGUGCCAUGGCAAAAUAAGUUU